UGUUUUGUAAUCUGACCGGAAGUCUUACGAUGUCAACAAGUUGUGUGUGAUAUGAUUUGCUGUAGCUCUUACAGAGAGAAUCUGCGCUUUCGGAAGCCCGCAGGUGAAUAAAUGUCGGUGUGAUUAAAGGCUUACAGUCAUGAACGGAAGCUGCAAUGCGGUGCUGGAUAAGGAGGAGCAUGUGUUAAAGCUGGGAGAAAGCUUCGAGAAGAGAGCCAAGUCCUCUUUCCACACCAUCAGAUAUGAUUUUAAGCCGGCGUCUAUUGACACAUCAUGUGAAGGAGAGCUGCAGGUGGGAAAAGGAGAUGAGGUCACCAUUACACUCCCACACAUACCGGGUUCAACGCCUCCCAUGACGGUCUUCAAAGGCAACAAACGGCCAUAUCACAAAGACUGCGUCCUGAUCAUCAACCACGACACCGGCGAGUUUGUGCUGGAAAAGCUGAGCAGCAGCAUUCAGGUCAAGAAGACCAGAGCUGAGGGCAGCAGUAAGAUCCAGGCUCGGAUCGAGCAGCAGUCAGUGAGAGCCAGUCAGCCUGCGUCUCAGUUCCGAACUCCUACUAAACCCAGCGGCGGCGUGAAGACGUCCCCGAGUAAAGACAACCCGUCUCCUGAACCCCAGCUCGACGACAUCAAGAGAGAGCUGCGGGCGGAGGUGGAGAUCAUUGAGCAGAUGAGCAGCAGUGGCAGCAGCAGCUCCUCAGACUCGGGCAGCUGUUCGGGCAGCGGAGACGACGACAGCUCCAGCAGUGACGGGGAACACGAGAGUGCAAACGUCCACCUGUCCCCCAGCCGAGAGCCUCUGAGCAACGGCACGGACAAAUCCCAGGGCAACAACCAGCUAAUGAACACGCUGAGAAACGAUCUGCAGCUGAGCGAAUCGGGCAGCGACAGCGACGACGAUUGAUGCUUUUCCCAUCAUCCUUCACUCAGCACUGUUCUCCCUCUUCUUUCCCGGAAAGACCGUGACACGCCGCUCUUCUGUUACGUUUUAUAUCGCCGCAUGCGCUUUUGCAGUUUUGUCACAGCGCAUAUAUAAAAAUUGAUCAGAGGAGAAGUUCUAGUUUGUAUUUUUAUUAGAUUAUUUUUAUUUCAUUAAAGUAUUUUUUUAAGGCCUGUUGCAGGAUUUAAAAAAAAAAAAAAGCAUUGUGUGAAAAAGGUUAUCUAGCAUCAAUGCUAUCGAUUAUAUAACAGUUUGAUGUUUUUUUUGGUAAUGCAUGUCCUGAGCGAAGGCAGGAAGUGAUCAGAAAGGGGCGGAGCUUUGAGUUUCAGCUCAGUGUAGUGCUUAGCAUUCAAUCGUGGAUUCUGGUUGUGAUGUCAUAUGAUCAUGAUACUGUUUGCGAUUGACUGGUCACGAUCCGCUUCAGCACCGUCCGCAUGGACACGAACACCGGCACGUUGAUGAUUUUGUACAGCUUUUUGGAAUUCGCUGAUGUUUAUCAGGUGGAAGGUUCACCACAAAGGGGCGAUAUCCGGAAGCUACAUAUCCACUCUGUGCAAAUGCAUCACUGGGGGGAGGCAAAUUCUUAAAAUUAAAAAAAAAAAAAAAAAAGCGCGAUAAAAUUUGGUUCUGCAAAUUAUGCGCAAGAGUGACGAAUUGGACAAAUUACAUUUGUUGUCUACGCAUUUGUGUAUUUCUGUUUGGACAACAUGGCUGCAAAUUUAAUAACUACAGGAAUGUGUCAUCCAAAGAAAGGAAUAUUUUAACUUCACAAAAAUAUUGAACUCGAUGUAUUUAUUCAAAUACGUAAUUUCUGGUUCAUUGUAAACGGACGCCUUUUCAAGCUAAGAUAAUGGAGAUAUUCGCAUCGUGAAUAUGAAGUGGACAUUUGGAUUUAUUUAUUUUUUAAACGGAUUGUGUGACGCCACUAUGCUGUGAACUUCGUCACUAUUCGUCCGCACUUCUGAAACUGAUCUGUAGCAGCUUAGUCAUUCAAAAGAGAUCACGUGACGACGUGCUUCUGUAUAUUAAGAUGAUGACGGGAAUAUUGUACAGAAUGAACAGUGUAAUUUGUUAAAAGCAUAGCUUUAAUUGUAAUUAUGUGUAGAGAUUUUAAGUGCGAAGAGUCCAGGCUUGUAUUUUGAAAGUAUAAAUGCUUUUUGCUCUUCAGGGUGUUCCUUGAAACCAGAGCAUUCUCUGUACCUGGGUUAAUGGAGCAAUAAAGAGCUGUUUUCUGAAA